UAAUCUGAGUCGUAACUUCCUUGUUUUUGUCGGAACCAUUAAACUGAAACCAUUACGGUAAUAUACGGUCAAAAUAAACAGGAGACGAAAUGCAUAUUACCAGAUCCGUCAUGUACAGGCGGAGACGGCAAGGCGGUACAUCCUAGGAGCUCUCCCUGAUUCCGGACCCUUCCAUCUCUCUCCCUCUUUAUGUGUGAAUCAUGAUGCUGUGCUGGGGAAGCAGUGCCUCAGGUCAGCUGGGCAUCGGGGCGUCGGAGGCGUUUGUCUUUGAGCCAAGGAGCUGUUGCAUGUUCGACGGGAGGGGUCUUAAAGAAGUUGCAUGCGGCAGCCAACACUCGCUCUUCCUGUUGCAUGAUGGGAGCGUUUACGCCUGUGGCUCCAACAGCUGCGGUCAGCUGGGCCAUGACAAGGGAGGAUGGAGGCCAGAGCUGGUAGGAGCUCUGGAUGCUCAGAAGAUCGCCGGCGUGUCGUGUGGGCAGGCUCACUCUCUGGCGGUGAACGAGCAGGGGCAGGUGUUUGCCUGGGGGGCCGGAGAAGGAGGGCAGCUCGGUCUGGGUAUGGCUGAAGAGGCAGUCCGUGUACCCAGGUUGAUUAAAAAGUUGUGCGAGCAUCGAAUCUCACAAGUGAUGUGUGGCAACCAACACUGCAUAGCACUUUCAAAAGAUGGUCAGCUGUUUGUAUGGGGUGAGAACUCCAGCGGUCAGCUGGGUUUAGGGAAGGGAGAGCCCAGCACUCUGUCUCCUCAAACGCUCAAAUCUCUGUGUGGGAUCCCACUGGCUCAGAUCAGCGCUGGAGGAGACCACAGCUUCGCCCUGUCGCUGUCUGGAGCCGUAUUCGGCUGGGGGAAGAACAGCGCGGGGCAGCUGGGCCUUAAUGACGAGCAAGACCGGGCUUUUCCCUGUCACAUCAAGUUCCUGCGCUCACAGAAGGUGGUGUACAUCAGCUGUGGAGAGGAGCACACCGCUGCCUUGACAAAGGAAGGGGGUCUGUUCACAUUUGGAAAUGGUUCAAGAGGACAGCUGGGCCACGAUUCCACCAGAAACGAGCCUCUUCCACGCAGAGUUAUGGAGCUCAUGGGCACUGAGGUGUCUCAGAUCGCUUGUGGGCGGCACCACACCCUGGCAUUCGUGCCCUCCACUGGUCUGGUUUACGCUUUCGGCUGCAACACUCAGGGCCAGCUGGGUACAGGCCUCAGAGGAAAUGCUAAGAGCCCACUUCCUGUCAGAAACAUCCAGCCCCUGUGCAUUGGAAAUACACACACAAAAGGCGAGUGCUACACCAUCCGUAAAAUAAACAGUGGAGGCGAUCACAAUUUCCUGUUGUUGUCUACUAAGGAGGGUUCAUCUUGUCCCGAGGAUUUCCGCAUUAUGAAUACCACCAAAAGCAUCGCUCUGAUUAAUUCUGAGAGUCUGGACAGCUGGAGGAUGAAGCUCCAUGACAACAGCGAUUCAAGCAUCACCAAGUGAGUCAUUUGGAUACUAAUUUCCACCUGCUGUUUUCACAGUGAUGACGGGCAUUUCAAAACCAACCCCAAAGUCCCAGGCAUCGAUUUCAAUGCUGUUAGGCUGCUUUUUGAGACGCUGAUGAAACCAACCUUCGCAAGACUUUUGGAUCAGGCCACGAAGAGCUUUGAGAGUCUCCUGAUCCCCCAGCUGACCUGCUCUCCUCCUGACGUGGAAGCCAUGCGGAUCUACCUGAUCCUGUCUGAAUGUCCCGCUCUCCAGGACUCCAAAAACUACAUCUCUCUCACCAUCCCUCUAGCCAUGGCCAUCCUCAGACUGGACGCCAACCCCAGCAAAGUCCUCGAUAACUGGUGGUCUCUAAUGGAUUGCGAGGUUUUUUCCAGACUAGUGGAGAUGUACAAAAGCAUUGUUGUGUUUCUGUUGACUGGCGGGAAGGCGCUCCUGAUGCCUGUGUUUCUGGAGAGCUACACCAGUGCCGCCCUUAGACUGCUGGAGAAGCUACACAAGGUCAAUCUGAAAGCCCAUCGUGUGGAAUACAACCACUUCUACAUCCCUGACAUCGCCACCCUGGUGGACAUACAGGAAGACUACCUCAAAUGGUUUCUGCGCAAAGCUGAUAUUAAAAUGCGAUACCCUCCAGUGCAGGGUUCUGUCACGUUAUGUGCCUAUCCGUUCAUAUUGAACGCACAAGCCAAGACAACCGUGCUGCAAACAGAUGCUGAGCUGCAAAUGCAGAUGGCAGUAAGCGGCGCUAACUUGCACAACGUCUUCAUGCUGUUGACUAUGGAACCUUUGCUGGCAAGAAACCCUUUCCUGGUGCUUCACGUAAGAAGGAACCACUUAGUCAGCGAUGCUCUCCGGGAGCUCACAGUCUACAAUGACGUAGACUUGAAGAAGCCGCUUAAGGUCAUCUUUGAUGGAGAGGAAGCUGUGGAUGCUGGAGGAGUCACUAAGGAGUUCUUCCUGCUCCUGCUUAAAGAGCUGAUUGAUCCGAUCUAUGGCAUGUUCACCCAAUAUUCAGAGUCCAAUCUGCUGUGGUUCUCUGAUAAAUGUUUUGUGGAGCACAAUUGGUUCCACCUGAUUGGGAUCAUCUGUGGUUUGGCCAUCUAUAACUCCACUGUAGUGGACUUGCACUUUCCUCUGGUGCUCUACAAGAAGCUUCUGAACAUUUUGCCCACACUGGAUGACCUGAAAGAGCUUUCGCCUACAGAGGGAAGGAGUCUUCAGCAGCUGCUGGAGUAUGAGGGUGAUGUGGAGGAGACCUUCUGUCUGAACUUUGCAAUUACGAGAGAGUAUUACGGGAUAACGGAGGUUAAAGAGCUGGUACAGGGCGGGAAGACCAUCGCUGUGGACAAGACAAACAGGAAGGAGUUUGUUCAGGCGUAUUUACAGUAUGUGUUCAGUGAUGCCGUACAGGAGCAGUAUUCGGCCUUCUCCAGCGGUUUCCUGAAGGUCUGUGGCGGGGAGAUUCUCUCUCUCUUCCAGCCCUCUGAGCUCAUGGCCAUGGUGGUGGGCAACAACAACUACAACUGGGAGGAGAUGGAGAAGAAUGCCUCCUACAAGGGCGAGUUCUCUGCAUCACACCCAACAGUUAAGAUGUUUUGGGAGGUGUUUCAUGAGUUUCCCUUGGAGAAAAAGAAACAGUUUUUAUUGUUUUUGACAGGCAGUGACCGCAUCCCCAUCCACGGCAUGGCCAGUCUACGCAUUGUCAUCCAAUCCACUGCUGCGGAAGAGCACUACCUUCCUGUGGCCCACACCUGCUAUAACAUGCUGGACAUGCCCUGCUACCAGACCAAAGAGACUCUGCGGCACCGGCUCACGCAAGCCGUGGAGCAGUACGAGGGUUUCAGUCUGGUCUGAGCGGGAUCUGCAGAGGUUGCUUUCUGUAUGCUGACACUGCACUUUAAACCUGUGGAGAACUGGAAAUGAACGCUGCUCUCACAUUUAUUUUACCACAGACGAGCACAUCCUGAGUCUUGUAUGAGUAAAUCUAUUAUUUUCUUAAUCUUACAGACAGACUCUGACUUGCUUGUUUGGUUGAAUCUUGAGAUGUGCACCGUUUUUUUGUUUGUUUGCUUUUUGGUUAUACAUUUUUUUUAUAUUUUUUAAAUGACACAAAUAAAUUAUAAGAUUAGGAUUGAGUUGUUGGCAAAAUAAAUUAAUUUGACGUUCUUUA